AUGGCUAGCCCUCCAGUUCUCUCGUUCGAUACUGAGGGCCGCCCGAUUAAGUUUGAGACCUGGCUCGAUGAUCUUCAUCUGUUCCUCCAGCUCACUGCCAGAGAUGAUAUCUCGCUGUACGAUCACGCACUCGGCACAGUCCCUCCUCCUGCUACUACUGCUGCUGCUACUGCUCGCUCACAGUGGCAGACUCGCGAUGCCCACGCCCGCUUUGCUAUCCGCAACUCCCUGCUAGUAGACGAGCGCGAGCACUUUGGCCAGCAUCAGACUCCGCAGGCCCUGUACACUGCUGUAGUUGCGCGCUACUCCUCCCCGGCCUCAGCUGCACUAGGCCGCCUAUCGCUUCCCUACCUGUUCCCCGACCUGUCCGCCUUCCAAACAGUCGCUGACCUCAUCACUCACCUCCGCACUAGUGAUGCCCGCUUCCGUGCAGCCAUGCCCGCUGAGUUUCUUGCCUCCAACCCUCCCCCGCUCUGGCUCACUCUCUACCACCUAGUCACCCGCCUCCCUGACACUCUGCGUACAGUCAGGGACCACUUCCUAGCUCGCUGCCCCACUGAGCUCACCAUUACCGCCCUAGAGAAGGAACUACUUGCAGCUAAGAAGAGUAUUGUAGCUGUAGGUACCUCUCGUGGCGACCCCCGCACCCCUUUCUUCGAGGGGUGUUCCCCCUCCCCCCUGCUCCCCUCUGUCGCCUCUGCUGCUGCUGUCGACCUCCUUGGUGCUGAGCAGGUCGGCUCUGCGUCCGCUCCCAGCGGGCGUCGCAGCGGCAAGGGCAAGGGAGGCAAGGGCGGUGGGGGUGACGGCGGGGGAGGCAGUGGUGGGGGUGGUGGCGGCGGUGGGGGUGGUGGCGGGGCUGGAGGGGCUAGUGGCAGCGGUGGGGGUGGUGGAGGCAGCGGCGGCGGCGGUGGCCGGGGUGGGGGCGGUGGUGGUGGCGGCAGUGGACGUGGAGGCGGCAGGGGCGGUGGUUGUCGUGGUGGAGGCGGCGGUGGUGGUCGUGGAGGCUCUGGCACUGGCCAGAGCGCGCAGCACCCUCAGUCCUCCCAGGAGCUUCGUGAGUGGUACUUACAGCACGGGGGUGGGGGGGGUAGCCUUAGCUGCACGUACGUCAUCCGCACUGGUCGCCGCAAGGGACAGACGUGCGGGAGGGCGCACACUGCGCAGCGCUGCUUCUCUCGCCUAGAUGACGCGUGGCGUGCUCGGUUUCCUGACGCUCCUGAGCUCCCUCAGUGGGCUGAUCUCCUCAAGAAGGAUAUCGAUAUCUAUGCUCUUGAUUUUGAUGUUAUUCUCAAAGCCAUGUAUGCAUUGACUAUUAGUGGAGAGGAGGACCAGUACCUGUGUGUUCCGCCUGACCCAGGCAUCCGCACGAGUGAGGCUGCCGCCCUAGGUGCUUGCGUGUCUGCUGCCCCAGGUGCUAGUGAGGCUACUGCUCUAGGUGCCUGUGUGUCCGCCACCCCAGGUACUACUGAGUCCACUGAGGCACUACACACCUUCACUCUAGACUCAGGCGCUUCGCACUGUUUCUUUCGUGACCGCACUGCUCUUGAGCCCCUUGCUCGACCAGUCGCUGUCUCGCUCGCCGACCCCUCUGGGGGUCCGGUCAUUGCGACCUCCUCCACUGUCCUUCCUUGUCCUGCUGUCCCGUCGGGCACACUGUCAGGUCUCCACCUCCCCUCGUUCUCUACAAACUUGGUGGCGGGUUGUGCGCUUCAGGAUGGGGGUGUUCACCAGUUCACCCCUGCCUACGAGCGCGUGACACACUGCACGUGUGCUCGGACGGGCCGUCACCUGGCUACCUUCACUCGGCAGCCGGGGUCGGACCUGUACACACUGACCACUGAGUCCCCUCAGGUAGCGGCGUCUGCGUCUGCGUCUGCGUCAGGUCAGCUGUCUGCCCCCUGCUCGUGUCGCUCUCUAGCGCACAAGACUGUCCUCUUGCACCACCGACUUGGUCACCCGUCAGUGCAGCGCCUUCGGGGCAUGCACUCCCGGUACCUUGUCUCUGGUCUUCCUCGGGUACUUCCUCCCCUCCCACCCUCCCUUGCUCCUCCUUGUCUUCCCUGUGUCGAGGGGCGGCAGCGCGCUGCCCCUCACUCCUCCUCGUUCCCCGCGACGACUGCUCCUGUGCAGACGCUCCACAUGGACGUGUGGGGCCCAGCCCGCGUCCGUGGUCAGGGCCAGGAGAGGUACUUCUUGAUCGUCGUUGACGACUACUCGCGCUACACCACGGUCUUCCCCUUGCGCACCAAGGGUGGCGAGUUCUCCUCCGACCUCUUGGCAGCCUACUGUGCCGAGCACGGCAUUCGCCAGUCGUUCACGCUUCCGGCCUCUCCACAGCAGAAUGGGGUUGCUGAGCGCCGCAUUGGCUUGGUCAUGGAGGUCGCUCGUACCUCCUUAGUCCACGCGGCUGCCCCCCACUUUCUGUGGCCGUUUGCGGUCCGGUACGCUGCGCAUCAGCUGAACCUCUGGCCCCGUGUCUCCGCUCCGGAGACCUCGCCCACACUGCUGUGGACGGGGGAGGUUGGCGAUGCGUCACGCUUCCGUGUCUGGGGAUCCCGAGCUUUUGUUCGCGACACGUCUGCGGACAAGCUCUCCUCCCGCACUGCUCCCUGUGUCUUUCUUGGCUUUGUCCCGGAUGCAUCUGGCUGGCAGUUUUAG